AUGGGGCUGGCCCAAGGCCCGCAAUGUUGGAAAGGAUUCAUAUACCUUGCUUCAAGUCCACCGUCUUUCCCGUUUAUACAAGAGCUCUUGGCUGGACACAAGGCACCGAAUAUCCUCCUAACGAUCGACCAUCUUGCCCAACGAGAAAUGCAUGGCCACACGAAGACACUCAGUACAACGAGUAGCACCGCCGCUCUUGCCGACUGCGAAGUUCCCCUAUCACCGCGAUACACAUAUGCUCGGAAAAGCUCCCUGCCCACAAUCCCUCCAGCGUAUCGCGUAGUCAUUCGACUUGUGACGGCAUUGCUCACCAUUGGCAUCGGAGGGUUUCUAGCGUACACGAUCAUAAUCAAAAAUUCCACCGAAGGCUCUCGGUUUCUAGAUCAGCAGGGCAACAACCGCCUCGCCUGGCCACAGAUAGUAUGGAUGCAACCAACGAUCAUUUUACUGACCGCAGCCGGUAUUUCCUGUCUGUUUGACCUGGCCGCAUUGACCAUGGCGUGCGCAGAGGUCCACCGCUGUGAGUUGUGGGCAAUCUGGCUUGAAUCCUCGGCUUUCACCGUCUCUAUCGCAGUCUGGAUUGCGGCUUUGGUAUAUGCCAAAACCUGGAGCAAUCCAAAUUCCUCAUCGGCAGAUCUGUGGUCUUGGUCUUGCGAUCACCAAAAUAUCGACUUGAAUUAUGGAAAUGAUAGCAUCGCAUUUGGGUCGCUCUGCCGAUACAUGGACUUCGUCUUCUGCGGAGGCAUUGUAGUUUGCGCGUUGCAGUCCGUUAAUCUGGUGCUAUUCUGGAUUGUCCGGAACGGGGAAAGGGCUCAGAAGGAGAUCGAAAAGCGUAAUGCAUAUGCUAGAAAGUACAUCUUAGGGAGCCAGGGCAUGGCUGGUCAAGAUCAAUGA